GCUAUACCAACACCGAGACCUUAAGCUCCAAGACCAUGGCCCGCAUUGCGGCGUUCUUGCUGGUGGCCCUGCUCUCCUUAGCCGGGCAUCUCGCGCAGUCCGCGCCAUGCCGAUCAUGCCCGCCCACAAAGCCUUCCCAGCCUGCACCGUGUAAGCACAAGUCCUCACCAUCGUCCAUACCCUGCCCUCCACCUUCACAAACUCCCAUGCCCUCAACCACACCCACACUCACCCCGGUGACUCCGACGCCGGCACCGACCCCGACUGUCUUCAUCCCUCCACCUACAAACACUCCGGCACCCACGCCCAUACCGGCCUCUGUAACUCCAACAUCGGCACCGACCCCUAUGAUGCCUCCAAUACCAACCCCUAUAACUCCAACGCCGGUACCAGCUCCUCUCUCUCCAACACCAACACCGGUGGCCCCAACACCUACAACCAUGAUGCCGCCGACACAGAUGCCUAUGGCACCAACGCCGGCACCGACCCCUGUAUCUCCAACGCCAAACCCGGUGGCCCCAAGACCUAUCCCUGUGAUGCCGCCAACACCGACGCCGGCAUCAAACCCUAUCUCUCCAACGCCAAGUCCGGUGGCGCCAACACCGACCCGUGUGGUUCCGACGCCAGCACCCACCCCUGUCUCUCCGUCGCCAACCCUGGUGACCCCAACACAGGCCCCUGUGAUGCCGCCAACACCAACAUCGGUGACUCCGAUGCCAGCACCGACCCCCGUUUCUCCAACGCCAACUCCGGUGGCCCCAACACCGACUCCUAUGAUACCACAAUCACCAACCCUUGUGACUCCGAUGCCAGCACCAACCCCUGUCUCUCCAACGCCAAUCCCGGUGGCCCCAACACCGACCCUCGUGAUGCCGCCAGCACCCACCCCUGUGACUCCGACGCCACCCCCAGCCCCGGCCCCAGCGCCGGCUACAUCGACCGGCAAGUGCCCCGUGGACACACUGAAGCUACUUGCGUGCGUGGACGCGCUCAAUGGGCUGUUGCACGCGGUGAUCGGCAGUAGCGCCAGGAAUACAUGCUGCCCGCUGCUGUCCGGCGUUGCCGACCUCGACGCUGCUCUCUGCCUUUGCACCACCAUCAAGGUCAAGGCCCUCAACAUCAACCUCAUGCUGCCCAUCGCCAUCGAGGUGCUCGUCAACCAGUGCGGCAAGAGAGUGCCGAAAGACUUCCGCUGCCCUAAUUAAGCUCCAUAGAUUACUAUAUGUACUAUCAGUAUCACCUGCAUAUGAAUGUGAUACAUGCAUUAAAUUCUCUUGUGUGGUCACACAGGUGACAUAUCAAAGUGUAAUAAUCUAUAUGUACAUGGAUUUGCAGCUCUGACUCGCUACUUGUGACGGGGAGCUGUGGAGCAUGCGUACAUUGUGUUUCUGUAACAGCGUAUCCUAUAGUAACCGU